GUUUUUAAAAUACUGAUUUUGGUCCUGCGUUAGGAGACUAAGUUUCACCUAGAGUCCUUUCUAUCUUCCAUAAUACUUUACAUCGUGCAUUGGUGGGUAAUUGAUCAAAAUCUGGCUUAAGAUUAAAGGUUCAUUAGUGCGAAUGUACGCUAUACCUGCGUGUCAACACCAAACUGGAUGCAAGGGGGACCAUGUUUUCACUUGACAAUCCUUUCCAUUAAUGAAAUGCGAUUGAAUAGACCUCUCUACCUUGAGCCUAAUGUUUUCCUAUUUCAGACCACGCGUCAUUACUAGGGUAUUGCGGUUUCUUUGUCUAACGAUUGUUCGUGAGAAGACACAAACCAAGAAUCUUAUUCUCAAGAGGAUGACACGUGGUCUCGAAUGGGAAACGCCCAAGGUACAAAAGUCUAUUCACGCAACAUAAAGAGAGUAAAACUGAUCUAAAUAAUAAGAGAGACAAGUGAGCGAGGAAGAAAGGAAGGUCAGGACGAUUUGGGAAAUCCGACGCAAAUACUGGAACUGAAACAAAAUCCAAGAACUGAGCUACUUUCCAGAAAUCAAGUCCUCCAUUCUCUAGCAAAAGUUUGCGUCUCUUCCAGACCUCUUUAGGACUUUUGGUGAUAGACAUGUGGUCCUUGUUUCAUUCCUGAUCGAUAAGAUCUUUAAUUUGGCGAGAAUUGACGGUAAUGUUUGUGGAGGAUUAAGGAGUUUUCGGCCGGUUAGACUCUUACUGAGCAUCUCGCUCGGCGGAGCGAGAGAUUAUUGAAGAGUCUGUUUUUGCGUUGGGUUCAUUAUCAUAAAAUGAUCCUCUAUAAAGAUGUCUUUAAAACGCACAGAAAAGAAAUAACAAAUAUGUAGACUAUAUUUUGACACGGAAAUCUUUCUCGCUUAUUUUAUACGGUAAAUUUGAGCUAAUUGUCCACAACAUCUAACCUAGCCAACAAAAUACUGAGCGUGGUAACCCUGUGUCCUAAUUUAUGCGUUCAUAGCGUGACUUCAUUUCAAGGAAUUUUUAAAAGGGUCACGCUCAUUUCCAAGAAUCGGUCUCAAUAGAUUCACAAACAACAUUCUUCAGCCAACUCCCUCAACUCUCGCCAACAUGGAAUCGUUUGUGGACGAUCUUAAGAAGGAAGUCCAAUGUUCUUUGUGUAAUGAUACAUUUACAGAACCCAAGAUCUUGUCUUGUUUCCAUACAUUUUGUAAACCUUGUAUUCAAAGACACGCCGACCUGAUAGACGAAGUCAACGUCUUCAAGUGUCCUCGAUGCAAAUUACCAACUUCUUUACCAGAACCAAACAGCGUCGAAGAUCUACAGCCUAGUCUACUUCAUACAAGAAUCUUGAAGGGUCUGGCGUUGGUAGAAGGAGAAAAGAUUUGUUCUGUUUCCGAGAGCCAUUCUCCAGCAUCUUGGUAUUGUUUUGACUGUGAUCGCUCGAUGUGCGAGGAAUGCGAGAAGAACCAUUCAGAGUUUACCGAAGAUCACAAGGUCRUUCGUCUGGCUGAUUUGAAGAAAGAAGAUAUUGAGUUCGUAAUAACAAGAGAAAAUCCUUGUAAAAGUCACCCUCAUCACAGGCUAGAGUUGUUCUGUGAAGACUGUGAUGACAUGAUUUGCUUUACAUGCUUCAAACACGAUCACCGGAAACAUGAGAUAAUAUCAUUAGAUAAGUUUGCUUCAAUCAAGAAAGCUGUAUUGUCAAAGCAUCUGCAGGUACUAGUGCAGUUGAGAUUAGAUGACAAGGAAAAGCAGCAACAAGAAAAGAUUGCUAACACUAUCAAACAACAGGGAGAAAAGGCAAAAAAAGAAGUCAAAGAAAAAACCAAGAAGAUCAUCCAAAUUCUACAAGAAAAUGAACGAGAAUUACUGAGACAAAUCGAUGAGAAGUUGGAAACAGUUACAACAACCUUGAACAUAAUUCAUCAUAUUCCAACCGUCAAGGAAUACAUCAAGAAUGUGAUGGAAAGAGGACUGGCAAGUGAAAUGAUGGAUAUUCAAGAGACACAAUGUUCAGAGAAAUUUAUCUUCAACCGCAUUCCACUUUCCUCUCGAGUUGAGUUCGUUCCUAACGAACAGCUGGUGCAAGAAUUGAAUUCAGGGCUGGGAGGAAUACGAACUUGUUCCAAAACAGACCAUACGAAGAGCACUAUUGAGGUGAAAUCUGAGACAGAAGCUUUAAAGAAAGGAAAGCUAAUAUGCACAACUAAAACCUCGACAGGAGAACUCAUUUCUGAUGCAAUAGAUGUUAUAGACGUUCAAAUCAAGCCUGAAGAAAAUGUGAAACUAGAAAAGAAAUAUGUGAGAACUGAUGAUAAAGUAGAGGUUGAAUUCAUGGCUAGAGUACCUGGUCAGUUGACAGCAGAGGUUCAAGUGAAUGGGAAUCGUGUAUCUAACAGUCCACUAGUGGUAAAUGUCAAGCCACGAGAGAUGAGAACAACAGGACAGUUUCACACGAAAGUUAUAAAUAUAGGUUCUAGUUAUUUGAAAGGUAUAGCAGUAAACAGAGACAAUAGCAGGAUCGCUGUUGCCAAUUGUUCUUCUGACUGUGUCCAUGUAUUCACCACUGAUGGAGAUCUCUUACUGACGUAUGGUAGCCAAGGUAAUGCAAAGGGACAGUUGUCUAAUCCUAUGGGUUUAGCAUUUCUGAAUGAUACAGAUUUAGUCAUAUCACAGAAUGUUAAUAAUAGAAUAUGUAUAGUGAACACUACAACAGGGACAUUGGUAAAAACCUUUGGUAACCAUGGUAACAAGGAUGGAGAGUUAAGUAAUCCAUGGGGAGUACACGUUGAUGACGAUGGUAACAUCAUUGUGUGUGAUCGUAGUAAUUAUCGUGUUCAAGUCUUCACAAGAGACGGUGACUAUCAAUAUCAGUUUGGUUUGACAACACAGGACAAGUUUACUCCAUUUGAUGUGAUAACACAUGAUGGACUGUUUUAUGUCAGUGAUCAUAAUAAUCACGUUAUUCAGGUAUUUGAGAAGAAAGGUAACGUACCGACUAGAAUAUCGACGAUUGGUGGUCAAGGCAGUGCUGAUGGUCAGCUGAAUGGACCAUUUGGCCUGGCUAUUGAUAAUGACCAUCAUCUACUGGUGUGUGAGUAUGGUAAUAAGCGAGUACAAAAAUUCACAUUGGAUGGUCGUAGGUUUGUAGGAAAGACUUGUGGUGUAAUCAACAACCCUGAAUUUAUAACUGUUUUAAAGGAUGGUCAGUUACUAGUCAGUACGUGGGGUUCUGGUGUUUGGAGUGUAAAGUUACCAACUUCUUUACCAGAACCAAACAGCGUCGAAGAUCUACAGCCUAGUCUACUUCAUACAAGAAUCUUGAAGGGUCUGGCGUUGGUAGAAGGGGAAAUGAUUUGUUCUGUUUCUGAGAGCCAUUCUCCAGCACCUUGGUAUUGUUUUGACUGUGAUCGCUCGAUGUGUGAGGAAUGCAAGAAAUACCAUUCAGAGUUUACCGAAGAUCACAAGGUCGUUCGUCUGGCUGAUUUGAAGAAAGAAGAUAUUGAGUUCAUAAUAACAAGAGAAAAUCCUUGUACAAGUCACCCUCGUCACAGGCUAGAGUUCUUCUGCGAAGAUUGUGAUGCUAUGAUUUGCGUGACAUGCUUGAAACACGAUCACAGGAAACAUGAGACAAUGUCAUUAGAUAAGUUUGCUUCGAUCAAGAAAGCUGUAUUGUCAAAGAAUCUGCAGGUACUAGAGCAGUUGAGAUUAGAUGACAAGGAAAAGCAAGCACAAGAAAAGAUCGCUAACACAAUCAAACAACAAGGAGAAAAAGCCAAAAAAGAAGUCAAAGACAAAACCAAAGAAAAAACCAAGAAGAUCAUCCAAAUUCUAAAAGAAAACGAAAGAGAAUUGCUGAGACAAAUAGAUGAGAAAUUGGAAACAGCUACGACAAACUUGAAUAUAAUUCAUCAUAUUCCAGCCGUCAAGGAGUACAUCAAGAAUGUGAUGGAAAGAGGACUGGCAAGUGAAAUGUUGAACAUUCAAGAGACACAGUACUCAGAGAAAUUUAUCUUCAACCGCAUUCCACUUUUCUCUCGAGUUGAGUUCGUUCCUAACGAGCAGCUGGUGCAAGAAGUGAAUUCAGGGCUGGGAGAAAUACGUACUUGUUACAAAACAGACCAUACGAACAGCACUAUUCAGGUGAAAUCUGAGACAGAAGCUUUAAGGAAAGAAAAGCUAAUAUGCACAAUUAAAACCUCGACAGGGGAACUCAUUCCUGAUCCAAUGGAUGUUAUAGACGUUCAAAUCAAUCCUGAAGAAAAUGUGAAACUAGAAAAGAAAUAUGUGAGAACUGAUGGUAAAUUAGAAGUUGAAUUCAUGGCUAAAGUACCUGGUCAGUUGACAGCAGAGGUUCAAGCGAAUGGGAAUCCUGUGUCUAACAGUCCACUAGUGGUGAAUGUCAAGCCACAAGAGAUGAGAAAAACAGGACAGUUUAACACGAAAGGUAUAAAUAUAGGUUCUAGUUAUUUGAGAGGUAUAGCAGUAAACAUAGACAAUAGCAGGAUCGCUGUUGCCAAUUGUUUUUCUCACGGUGUCCAUGUAUUCACCACUGAUGGAGAUCUCUUACUGACGUAUGGUAGUCAAGGUAAUGCACAGGGACAGUUGUAUAAUCUUAUAGGUUUAUCAUUUCUGAAUGAUACAGAUUUAGUCAUAGUAGACUAUGGUAAUCAUAGAAUAUGUAUAGUGAACACUACAACAGGGACAUUGGUAAAAACCUUUGGUAACCAUGGUAACAGGGAUGGAGAGUUAAGUAAUCCAUGUGGAGUACACGUUGAUGACGAUGGUAACAUCAUUGUGUGUGAUCGUGGUAAUCAUCGUGUUCAAGUCUUCACAAGAGACAGUGACUAUCAAUAUCAGUUUUGUUUGACAACACAAGACAAGUUUGAUCCAUUUGAUGUGAUAACACAUGACGGACUGUUUUAUGUCAGUGAUUAUAGUCAUCACGUUAUUCAGGUAUUUGAGAAGAAAGGUAACAUACCGACUAGAAUAUCGACGAUUGGUGGUCAAGGCAGUGCUGAUGGUCAGCUGAAUAGACCAUUUGGCCUGGCUAUUGAUAAUGACCAUCAUCUACUGGUGUGUGAUGAAGGUAAUAACCGCGUACAAAAAUUCACAUUGGAUGGUCGUUUUGUAGGAAGGACUCGUGAUGUUAUCAACAUUCCUCAAUGUAUAACUGUUUUAAAGUAUGGUCAGUUACUAGUCAGUACGUGGAAUUCUGGUGUCUGGUGUGUAAAGUAGAAUCAGCUAUUAUUAAUGUCUAUAUAUAACCAUCAUUAUACUCAUAACAAAUCAAAAUCAAGUUAUCAUUCCAAUGUUGUACAUUUUAGGACUCUUAAAAGUUCGAUAUGUACGAUGUAUCCAUUCUUUAGUCAGUUUAAGAAGAUGAAUACCUUAUUCUAUUAACAUCGACAAACUUGUAAUACCCAUAAUGCAGUCUGGUCAUGGUAGGUCUCGUGUUCUGUUGCUAUGACAACCUAAAAACCGUUUCCCUUAUAAUUAUGCAGUAUGAUAUUCAUUCGACAAAAUAUAGUGGUAAGUUUGCCUUUAGCAAUGUGUUCCUGAUCAUAUAUUGUUAUAUAAAGUUUAUAGUAGUAUAUUGUACAUUUU